AUGGCGAGGAAGCUUAGUGCAUUGGAAAUCCUUCUGAUCAUCUUCAUCAUAAUUGUACUUGCUGUAGAUAUCCUCUUGCUGAUGCUUCUGUUGGAGAACCCUCCAGGUGCUUCAUUUGUUCCAGAGUGCCCAGAAAUCCCCGAAUCAGAAAGGAUAGAGUGUGCCCCUGGCCAGGAGGUGACAGAGGAUGUCUGCAGACAGAAAUAUAAGUGCUGCUGGAAACCUGUGCCAGAUACUGCCAUCCCCUGGUGCUUCUUCCCCAGGAACUGGGGCUAUGAAAUCAGCAGUUGGGUUAAUAAUACAAGCACAGUGUAUACAGCCCAGUUGAGAAAGUUGCCAUCACCAUCUCUGUUUGGAUAUGACAUAAUCGAUGCCGUCUUCACAGCUGAACAUCAGACAUCCAAUCGUUUCCAUUUUAAGAUCAUUGAUUUCAAUAACAUGCGCUAUGAAGUCCCCCAUGAAAAUGUUAAGCUCUUUGAUGUGAAUGCUCGUGCUUCCAAUUUGAACUAUCAUCUAGAAGUCAUUCAAAAACCCUUCAGCAUCAAAAUAACGAGGACCAGCAACAAGAGAGUCUUGUUGGACACCAGCAUCGGGCCCCUCCAGUUUGCCCAGCAGUACCUGCAGCUCUCCAUGCGACUGCCCAGUGCCAACGUGUACGGGCUGGGCGAACACGUGCACCAGCAGUUCCGUCACAACAUGACCUGGAAGACCUGGCCCAUCUUUACCCGGGAUGCCACCCCCACCGAGGGCAUGAUCAAUCUCUACGGAGCUCACACAUUCUUCUUGUGCCUGGAAGACACCAGCGGCUUCUCUUUCGGGGUUUUUCUGAUGAACAGUAACGCCAUGGAAGUCACCCUUCAGCCUGCUCCUGCCGUCACUUACCGCACGAUCGGGGGUAUUCUUGACUUCUAUGUGUUCCUGGGAAAUACUCCAGAACAAGUGGUUCAGGAAUACCUGGAGCUUGUUGGACGACCAUUCUUGCCUCCCUACUGGAGUCUUGGGUUCCAGCUUAGUCGCAGGAAUUAUGGUGGCAUUGAUGGAUUGAAAAAGGUUGUUAACCGAACUCGUGAAGCUGAGAUCCCAUAUGAUGUCCAGUACUCUGACAUUGACUACAUGGAUGAAAAGAAGGAUUUCACUAUUGAUGGAGUGGCUUUCCACGGUCUCUCGGACUUUGCCAAUGAGUUACAUGAAAAUGGACUGAAAUAUGUAAUUAUUAUGAAUCCGGGCAUCUUAAAUAACUCUGACUACCAGCCUUAUGUGAAUGGAAGCAGAAAGAGAGUGUGGAUCUUGGGGGACAAAGGCUUUGCUGUUGGGCAGGCAUACCCUGGUUGGACAGUUUUUCCUGAUUUUACUAAGUCAGAUGGUACUGAGUGGUGGCAAGAGCAGUUCAGUGAAUUUCAUAAAACUCUGGAGUUUGAUGGAGUGUGGAUUGAAAUGGAUGAAGUAUCUAGCUUUCUACAAGGUUCUGACCAAGAGUGUGAAGUAAACAACUUCAACUUUCCUCCUUUCAAACCUCCAUUCUUUGUGAGCUCAUGGAAGUGCAAAUUAAUUUUAAUGAUCCAGCUCAGCGUAGGCCCCAGGGCCAUGGGGACUAUCUUCUCCAAUAAGAGACACUUCAUCUUAUCACGUUCUACUUUUGCGGGAUCUGGCAAAUUUGCUGCUCAUUGGUUGGGGGACAAUGCAGCCAGAUGGGACGAUUUCCGAUGGUCCAUCCCUGGUAUCCUGGAGUUCAACCUAUUCGGCAUCCCCAUGGUAGGUGCCAACAUCUGUGGUUAUACAGGGAAUGUCACAGAGGAGCUCUGCAGACGGUGGAUGCAGCUGGGAGCAUUUUAUCCACUGUCGAGGAAUCACAAUGGGCCUGGGUUCAGGGACCAGGAUCCUGCUGCCUUCAGUGAAAACAAUGCUAUGCUGUUGGAAUCCUCCAGAUACUAUCUGAACAUCCGCUACACCCUGCUGCCCUAUCUCUACACCCUUUUCUACCGAGCUCAUACCCUGGGGGAGACCGUAGCAAGGCCCCUCGUCCACGAGUUCUACCAGGACCCAGCUACCUGGGAGGUGCAUGAGCAGUUCCUCUGGGGACCUGGACUCCUCAUCACUCCUGUUUUAUAUGAAGGUCUGAACUAUGCAAGAGCAUACAUACCUGACGCCAUCUGGUACGACUAUGAAACGCAAGUAGCCAUAGAAUGGAGGAAACAGUUUGUGGAGAUGCUUCUGCCAGGUGAUAAGAUAGGACUUCACCUCCGAGGGGGCUACAUCUUUCCCACCCAGAAGCCAAACACGACCACAGAGGCCAGCCGGAAGAACCCUCUGGGACUCAUCAUUGCCUUGGACUAUAAGCGAGAAGCAAAGGGAGAACUGUACUGGGAUGACGGUGUCUCUAAAGAACCAGUAAACUAAAACAAGUACAUAAUAUUUGACUUCUUUUCCCCACAGAAUCGUCUCCUGGCAACGAUUAUACAUGCUAAUUAUACGGACCCCGACAAACUCACAUUUACAGAUAUCACAAUCUUGGGAAUGGACAAGAAACCUACUAAUUUUACUGUCUCCCUAAAUGAUGCUACCACCCCCAUUUCAAACGUUGUCUACACAGAAUCAACAAAGGUGGUGAACAUCACUGACCUCAAGGGACUGGUACUGGGACAAACAUUCUCCAUUCAGUGGGAUCUUCCGGUCAGUGACCUGCAGAAGUUUGACUGCUUUCCUGAGCAGCCCGCUGUCUCCGAGGAGAGUUGCAGGGAGCGGGGGUGCCUCUGGGAGCCCACGACUGUUCCUGGGGUGCCCACCUGUUUCUACGACACCAUCCCUAAUUAUACUGCCAGCAACAUUCAGUACCUGCCCACGGGCAUCACCGUAGACCUCACCCACCUGACAGCCUCGGAAGCUGCACAAGCUACGGCCGCCUCUGCCUCCGACACUCUCUCUGCAGCCAUCGGCUUUCUCCGCCUGAGUGUCAUCUACCACACAGAGAACAUGCUACAGUUCAAGAUCUAUGAUCCCACUAAUAAAAGGUACGAGGUCCCAGUGCCUCUGAACACCCCUUCGUCUCCAGUGGGCUCCCCUGAAAACCGUCUGUAUGAUGUCAACAUUCAGAACAAUCCUUUUGGGAUCCAGAUUCGAAGAAAAAGCUCCAGAACUGUGAUUUGGGACUCUCAGCUCCCCGGCUUCACCUUCAGGGACAUGUUCCUUUCCAUCUCCACACGCCUCCCCUCUGAGUACCUCUAUGGCUUUGGGGAAACUGAGCAUACAACUUUCAGAAGAAACAUCAGCUGGCACACGUGGGGGAUGUUUGCCCGAGAUGAGCCACCAGCGUACAAGAAGAACUCCUAUGGCGUCCACCCCUACUACAUGGCCCUGGAGGAGGAUGGCAAUGCCCACGGAGUGCUCCUACUGAACAGCAAUGCCAUGGAUGUGACAUUCCAGCCUACUCCUGCCCUGACAUACCGCACCACAGGAGGCAUUUUGGACUUUUAUAUGGUUUUGGGGCCAACUCCUGAGCUUGUAACUCAGCAAUACACUGAGUUGAUUGGUCGCCCAGCAAUGAUUCCCUACUGGGCCUUGGGAUUCCAGCUGAGUCGCUAUGGAUACCAGGAUGAUUAUGAAAUCUCCAGUUUGUAUGAUGCAAUGAUGGCUGCUCAGAUUCCCUACGAUGUCCAGCAUGUAGACAUCGACUACAUGGACCGGAAGCUGGACUUCACCCUCAGCCCCAGCUUUCAAAAUCUUGGUCUCCUGAUUGAGCAAAUGAAGAAAAAUGGCACCAGAUUUGUUCUUGUUCUGGACCCAGCCAUUUCUGGCAAUGAGACCCAGUAUCUCACAUUCACCAGAGGGAAGGAAAGUGAUGUGUUCAUCAAAUGGCCAGACAACAGUGAUAUUGUCUGGGGAAAGGUUUGGCCAGAUCUGCCCAAUGUGAAUGUGGAUGGGUCCCUUGAUCACGAAACUCAGGUUAAGCUGUACAAAGCCCACGUCGCUUUUCCUGACUUCUUGCGGAAUAGCACGGCUGCCUGGUGGAAGACGGAAAUAGAAGAGCUCUACAGAAACCCUCGAGAGCCAGAGAAGAGCUUGAAGUUUGAUGGAUUGUGGAUUAACAUGAAUGAACCAUCGAACUUUGUGAAUGGAUCUGUCAGGGGCUGCAACGAUGAAAUUCUUAAUAAUCCACCCUAUGUGCCAAACUUGGUGUCCCGGGGCCAGGGCCUGAGCAGCCAGACCCUGUGCAUGGAGAGCCAGCAGGUGCUGCCAGACGGCUCGGCCGUGCGCCACUACGACGUGCACAACCUUUACGGCUGGGCCCAGACCAGACCCACGUACGAAGCCGUGCAGGAGGUGACAGGACAGCGAGGGAUCGUCAUCACCCGCUCCACUUUCCCCUCUUCUGGCCGCUGGGGAGGACACUGGCUGGGCGACAACACGGCCGCGUGGGACCAGCUGAAGAAGUCGAUCAUUGGCAUGAUGGAGUUCAGUCUCUUUGGAAUCUCCUAUACAGGAGCAGACAUCUGUGGAUUCUUUGGAGAUGCUGAGUAUGAGAUGUGUGUUCGCUGGAUGCAGCUGGGGGCGUUUUAUCCAUUUUCCAGGAACCACAACACAUUUGGGACCAGGAGACAAGAUCCUGUGGCCUGGGACUCAGCCUUUGAGACGUUCUCAAGAAAAGUCCUCCAGACCAGAUACACUCUGCUUCCUUACUUCUACACUCUAAUGCAUAAAGCUCAUGCCGAGGGCAGCACUGUGGUCCGACCCCUUCUCCAUGAGUUUACAGAGGAACGCACAACAUGGGAUAUAGACCAUCAGUUCAUGCUGGGCCCUGCCAUCUUAAUUAGCCCAGUGCUGGAAAAUAACACUUUUCAGGUCCAGGCUUACUUUCCCAGAGCCCGAUGGUAUGACUACCACACGGGAUCUGGCAAUGAAUCAAUAGGUGAGUGGAAAGUCCUGGAGGCUCCCCUUGACCAUAUCAACCUUCAUAUCAGAGGAGGCUACAUCCUGCCUUGGCAAGAACCUGCGAUGAACACUCACUCCAGCCGACAGAAAUAUCUGGGACUGAUUGUUGCUUUGGAUGACAGUGGUGGAGCUGAAGGUCAGCUGUUCUGGGAUGAUGGACAAAGCAUUGAUACCUUUGAAAAUGGAAACUAUUUCUUGGUAAACUUUACAGCAGCUCAGAGUGUACUGCAAAUCCAAAUGAUACAUAAUAAUUAUUUGAGUGACUCAAAUUCACUGAAAGUUGGAUAUAUUAGAAUCUGGGGCAUAAGCUCUACUGAUAUAACACAAGUGACUGUCUCCUAUGACAAUCAACAAUUCAUGGUGAUGAAUUUCAAGAGUGACCCUUACAAUCAGACACUAAAUAUUCAAUUGACUGACAAGAAUAUCAGCCUGGAAAAGUUAACUGAGGUUACUUGGAUUCAGGGUGGUCCUAUAGUUUCUACUACAACUAUGACAAGUACCUUCCCAAUGAGUUCUUUAUAUCCUUCUACAACUCCUACUACCACUGCUACUUCUGCUACCACUAGUUCUUCUACUCCAAGUAGCCUGAGUACUACUGAGAGCAAUAGUGCUACUCCUCCUACGACAACCACUUCUUUUCCAACAAGUGCUACUGAGGUUUCAACGGGUCUUACUGUUCCUAAUGCCAGUACAUCUUUCCCUACAAAUACUGCUGCUGAUAGCACUAAUGUUACUUUUACUGUCACAACCAUGCUUUACCCAACAAGUACUACUGAAGUUUCAACAGGUCUUACUGUUCCUAAUGCCAGUACAUCUUUCCCUACAAAUACUGCUGCUGAUAGCACUAAUGUUACUUUUACUGUCACAACCAUGCUUUACCCAACAAGUACUACUGAAGUUUCAACAGGUAUUACUGUCCCUACUACCACUAUAUCUUCCCCUGUAAAUACUACUACUGAUAGCACUGAUGGUACUCUUCCUAUCACGGACACGCCAUACACAACAAGUGCUACUCAAGUUUCAACUAGUACUACUUUCCCUAGUGCCACUAUAUCUUCCCCUAUGAAUACUACUACUGAUAGCACUAAUGUUACUUUUACUGUCACAACCACGCCUUACUCAACAAGUGCUACUGAAUUUUCAACUAGCACUUCUGUCCCUAAUACCACUAUAUAUUUCCCUAUAAAUACUACUACUGAUAGCACUAAUGUUACUUUUACUGUCACAACCAUGCCUUACUCAACAAAUGCUACUGAAUUUUCAACUAGUACUACCAUCCCUAAUACCACUAUAUCUUCCCCUGUUAAUACUACUACUCAUAGCACUAUUGUUACUCUUCCAGUCACAACCAUGCCUUACCCAACAAGUACUACUGAAGUUACAGCUAGUACUACUGUCCCUAAUGCCACUGUAUCUUCCCCUGUAAAUACCAGUACUGAUAGCACUGAUAUUACUCUUCCAAUCACAGAUAUGCCAUACACAACAAGUACUACUCACGUUUCAACUGGUACUACUGUCCCCAAUACCACUAUACAUUUCCCUGUUAAUACUACUACUGAUGGCACUGUUGUUACUCUUCCUGUCACAACCAUGCCUUACCCAACAAGUGCUACUGAAUUUUCAACUAGUACUUCUGUCCCUAAUACCACUAUAUCUUCCCCUAUAAAUACUACUACAGAAAGUACUGAUAUUACUCUUCCAAUCACAGACAUGCCAUACAUGACAAGUGCUACUCAAGUUUCAGCUAGUACUACUGCCUCUAAUAAUACCACUAUAUCUCCCCCUACAAAUACUACUAUUGAUAGCACUAAUGUUACUCUUCCUAUCACGGACAUUCCAUAUACAACAAGUGCUACUCAAGUUUCAACUGGUACUUCUAUCCCUAAUACCACUAUAUAUUUCCCUAUUAAUACUACUACUCAUAGCACUGAUAUUACUCUUCCAAUCACGGACAUGCCAUACACAGCAAGUGCUACUCAAGUUUCAGCUAGUACUACUUUCCCUAAUGCCACUGUAUCUUCCCCUAUGAAUGCUACCACUGAUAGUACUAAUGUUCCUCUUCCAGUCACAACCAUGCCUUACCCAACAAGUGCUACUGAAGUUACAACUAGUACUACUGUCCCUAAUGCCACUCUCUCUUCCCCUGUAAAUACUACUACUGAUAGUACUGAUAUUACUCUUCCUGUCACAGCCAUGCCUUACACAACAAGUACUACUGACGUUUCAACUAGUACUACUGUCCCUAAUACCACUAUUUCUUCCCCAAUAGAUACUAGUACUGAUAGCACUAAUGUUCCUCUUCCAGUCACAACCAUGCCUUUCCCAACAAAUAGUACUGAAGUUUCAACUACUGUCUCUAAUACUACUAUAUCUUCCCCUACAAACACUACUGUCAUCUAGCACUAAUGGUAUUCUUCCUGUCACAGUCAUGCCUUUCCCAGCAAGUGCUAUUGAAGUUACUAAUGCUAAUGUUCCUAACUCUACUGUGCCUUUCCCUACAAAUACCAAUACUGCUACUCUUCCUAUCACGGCUACUUCUUUCCCAACAAGUACUACUGAUACUAGUACUGGUACUACUAUUCUUAUUACCACUACUCAUUCUUCAACAAAUACUGUUGCUACUAGCACUAAUACGACUUACCCAUUACCACUGUUUUCCUACAGAUACUGUGCUGCUACUACUAGCAAUAGUUUCCUAUUGACUAGUUUCUCUGAAAGUAUUUAUAAGAACAGUACUUCUGCUACACUAACCUCUCCUCCUAGAGUAACCACUUCUCCAACUGCUAGCCUUGGUAAUGAUGCUCUGAUUACAAAUUAUCCUUCCCCAACAACAUCUGGGAACAAUAGUACUAGUAAUGCUUUUUCUACAGUGACUACUUACCCUUCAUAAACUCAUGUCAUUUGCACUAAUACUCCUUCUCCUGUGACUACUUUUUUUCUGUAUGUAUGGGGGCUGCCAGCAAUGGUAAUAUUGUUCCUUGUGAGUACUCUUUCUUCUCCAAGUACUGAUGCUAUUAGUACUUAUUUAUGAGAUAAUACUAGAUUGUUGCUGUUUCCUCUAAUGACUGAAUUAACUUACAAAGUGCUAACUCUUCUACAGACCAGAAAUCACCCAGACAGAGAUGAGUAUGUAAAGAUAAAACAUAGGAGAGACAAUCUCUACCUUGCGAUCAGAGUUCAUAGUUUUGUUUGCUUUGUCCUUUACUCACCAGCUUUUCCCUUCUUGUUUUACUAUCUAGACUCUCCUUCAGUAUGUUAAGACUUUCAGCAUGUUCUUGGACUUUCAUACCCACAAUCACCAUUUAUUCCUGAUCUAUUAUUUUCUAAAAUCACCCCUGUGAAUAGGCUCAUGGUCAUAACCAAAUAUUGCCAUUUAGGUGCUAUUGAAGGCUUAACCCUAGGACAGUAUUUUGAAAAUGUAGUUUGGGGAACCAGGGGAGACCCUAGAACUCUUUCUGGGUUCUCUUUCUGACCUCUACAAGGUCAAGCCUCUUUUCAUAUACAUACUCUGUUGUUUUUGCCAUUUUCACUCAUCCUCUCAUUGAUAUACAGUGCCACUUUCCAGAGACUGUGCUCUGUGGUGUCACAAUAGAUGAAUAUGGAAACUGAUACAAGAAUCCAUCUGUCUUCUAUUAAACCAGACAUUAAACAAAUUUACAAAUUAUACAACAAUGUAAUUUUUCUAACUGUUUUUGCUUUGGAAAAUAUAGUGGUCUUUCAUUAAAAAUAUAUUAUUUAUGUCAACAUGUAUUUGAUAUAUUGUUAUUUUUAAUGAACGAAGAAAUAAAUAUUUUGCAAAACAUUUUA